CCUCUUCAGCGCUAGAGUCAAACAGCAGAGCAGCUGAACUGAGAGAAGAGAGGGGACCGGGAGCUGAAAGAAAGACAAACAGACUAGAAGAAAAAACAAACAGCUGUUGCAGAUUAGCGCUUCAGGCUUCAUCAGCUUUCAGAAGAACAUUGUUAUUUUUCGUUGUUAGUUUUUACAGAAUUUCUAAAAGGCAAAAUGAUAAGCAACAGAAUCAUUGUCAGCUCCAUUGUGAUGCUUUUGACCCUGCUGGCCACCUGUGAAGGCAUGGGAGUGGAACUGCACUGCCGUUGCAUUCAGACAGAAAGCAAACCUAUUGGCCGCCACAUCGAGAAGGUGGAGUUGAUUCUUCCCAACUCCCACUGCGAGGAGACGGAGAUCAUUGCCACACUGAAAAGGACAGGUGAAGAGGUUUGCCUUAAUCCUGAGGCCCCCUGGGUCAAGAAAGUGAUCAACAAGAUCAUGUCCAGCAGCAGACCCUGAGCUGAAGAACUGAAGCGACACAAGAGAUGUGCUUCAUGAACGAGCUGUUUUUUAACCAACAAAAAUCACUGAAAUCACCGUGUUCCUUUCACGAGAUGAAUGUCAUCAUAUGCAAC